UGCUAAUUAAUUGUUUCUCAAUCGGUUUCAAGGUUUUAUUGUGGAUAAUAUGGACAGAAAAACAAAAAUUAUGUUGAAUGCACUCAAUAUAAAGGACAGGAGUUGCAUUGAUUUCCUGAAAGUUCCUAAAUAUGAACGACUUGGAACCACCCAGAACGAACAAGAUUUGUGCAUUCAAAGAUCCCAAGAACUAUUUGGGAACGUAACAAGUCAAACAAGAACACCUGCUAUAAAAAUUCAAUACUCCAGCAUAUCCUCCACCGAAAAGGUGUAUAACACAAGACUACAGAAGGUUAAAAAAAAUCUCUUUGAAGAAGAAAUACCUAUAAGUCCGCAAGAACACUUUAGAAACCUCCAGUCUGGUGGAAUAUCACCUACAAUUGAUGUAGUAUCUACUAGUGAUGAACAUUUUGAUGCUCAUGGUAGUAGUAGUAGUGAGCAUGCUUCAGAAGAAAAUGAAGCUUAUAGUAGUGGUACUGAAUACAUUCCAGAUACUCCCUCGGUUUCAUCAGAUUCUGGGAGCGAACCUGGCAACAGUUUUAUCCAAAAAGACGACCAUUUAUGUAAUAAACAGGAAGAAAUAUCUGAUCCAUAUACUGAAAAAGUUACAUUUUCGGGCCGCACUGUUGAACCAAUUCUGCCAUCAGAAGAAAACCCUUCCAAUAAUUUUGGGAUAUAUAAACAGGAUGGUGAAAUGCGCAAGGGAAAGAAAAAGACAGAUUUCUGUUUCUUUUGCGAGACUCCAGUGUUAAAUUUUGCCAGACAUAUAACACGCAACCACCCAUGA